AUGACCACCAGCAACCACGCGGCGGGUGGGCUUUGGGACUGGGGGCUCUGCCCCGGGGCCCUGGGUAGGCUCCCGUUCCUCCUGCUGCUCUUGCUGCUGCCCCCAGCCAGCUCGUCCGUGUUCACCAUCGGGGUGCUGGGGCCCUGGGCCUGCGACCCCAUCUUUGCACGCGCGCGCCCCGACCUGGCUGCCCGCCUGGCUGCCGCCCGCCUGUCCGCCGCGCUCGCCCGUGUCUCGGGGCUUGUGGGCCCAGUGAACCCCGUCGCCUGCCGGCCGGCCGAGCUCCUCACCAGCGAGGCUGGGGUCGCGCUGGUGCCCUGGGGCUGCCCAGGGGCGCGGGCAGCGGGUACCACGGCCCCCGCCGGCACGCCGGCCGCCGACGCCCUCUACGCGCUGCUGCGGGCCUUCCGCUGGGCGCGCGUGGCCCUGGUCACCGCCCCGCAAGACUUGUGGGUGGAGGCCGGCCGCGCGCUGGCCGCUGCGCUCCGGGACCGGGGCCUGCCCGUGGCUCUGGUGACCUCCAUGGAGCCCGCAGACGUCGGUGGUGCCCGGGAGGCCUUGAAGAGGGUCCGAGCCGGGCCCAGAGUCAGAGCGGUGAUCAUGGUGAUGCACUCGGUGCUGCUGGGCGGCCAGGAGCAGCGCCACCUGCUGGAGGCCGCCGAGGAGCUUGACCUCACCGACGGCUCGUUCGUCUUCCUGCCCUUCGACACGCUCCACUAUGCUGUGUCCCCGGGUGCCCAGGCCUUGACCGCGCUGGCCAACAGUUCCCGGCUUCGGAAGGCCCACGACGCUGUGCUCACGCUGACGCGCAACUGUCUCCCGGGGGGCAGCGUGCUGGAUGGCCUGCGCAGGGCGCAGGAGACCCAGGAGCUGCCGCCUGACCUCGAUCCACAGGAGGUGUCCCCACUUUUCGGCACCAUCUAUGAUGCAGUCUCCUUGUUGGCGAGGGCCUUUGCAGAGGCCCGGGCAGCCAGAGGUGGUGGCUGGGUGUCUGGAACAGCCGUGGCUCAACAUGCCCAGGAGCUCCAGGCCCCUGGCUUCUGCGGGGUCCUGGGAGGAGCUGAGGCGGCCCCGUUUGUACUGCUGGACACAGAUGCCACAGGGGACCAGUUGUUUGCCACACACACACUGGACCCCUCCCGGGGCUUCCUUCUUUCCUCUGGGACCCCAAUGCACUUCCCUAAGGGGGGACAUGGACCUGGGUAUGACCCUUGGUGCUGGUUCGACCCCAACGUCAUCUGCAGUGGAGGAGUGGAGCCCGCACUAGUCUUUCUCGGUUUCCUUAUGGUGGUUGGAGUGGGGCUGAUUGGGGCAUACCUGGCCCAUUACCUGAGACACCGGCUACUUCACAUUCAGAUGAUCUCUGGCCCCAACAAGAUCAUCUUGACUCUGGAUGACAUCACCCUGCUCCACCCACAAAGAAGCAACUCCAGGAAGGUAAUCCAGGGGAGUCGAUCAAGCCUGGCUGCCCGCAGUGUGUCAGACAUUCGCAGUGUCCCCAACCAGCCCACUGACACCUCCAACAUCGGCAUCUAUGAGGGAGACUGGGUUUGGCUGAAGAAAUUCCCAGGGGAUCAGCACACAGCUGUCCGCCCAGCAACUGAGACAGUCUUCUCAAAGCUCCGGGAGCUGCGACACGAGAACGUGGCACUGUACCUGGGACUCUUCGUGGCACCUGGUGACACUUCCCCAGGGAAUGGUGUCAUUGCUGUGGUCUCAGAGCACUGUGCCCGGGGCUCCCUUCAUGAUCUCCUCGCCCAAAGAGACAUCAAGCUGGACUGGAUGUUCAAGUCCUCCCUGCUGCUGGAUCUCAUCAAGGGGAUGAGGUAUCUGCAUCAUCGAGGUGUCGCCCACGGGCGCCUCAAAUCCCGGAACUGCGUGGUGGACGGGAGGUUUGUGCUCAAGGUCACUGACCAUGGCCAUGGACGCCUACUGGAAGCACAGAGGGUGUUACCGAAGCCCCAGAACGUCGAGGACCAGCUUUGGACAGCCCCGGAGCUGCUUCGGGACCCCUCCUUGGAGCGUAGGGGGUCACUGGCUGGCGAUGUCUUUAGCCUGGGCAUCAUCAUGCAGGAGGUGGUGUGCCGAAGCACCCCUUACGCCAUGCUGGAGCUGACUCCCGAGGAGGUGGUGAAGAGGGUACAGAGCUCCUCCCCACCAUGCCGGCCUUUGGUGUCCAUGUACCAGGCUCCCAUGGAAUGCAUCCAGCUGAUGGAACAGUGCUGGGCAGAGCAGCCAGACCUCCGGCCCUCCAUGGACCGCACCUUCGACCUGUUCAAGGGCAUCAACAAGGGCCGGAAGAUGAACAUUAUUGACUCCAUGCUGAGGAUGCUGGAGCAGUACUCCAGCAACCUUGAGGACCUCAUCCGGGAGCGCACGGAAGAGCUGGAGCUGGAAAAGCAGAAGACGGACCGGCUGCUCACACAGAUGCUUCCACCGUCUGUGGCUGAGGCCCUGAAGACUGGGACACCUGUGGAGCCCGAAUACUUUGAGGAGGUGACCCUGUACUUUAGUGACAUCGUGGGCUUCACCACCAUCUCAGCCAUGAGUGAGCCCAUCGAGGUGGUGGACCUGCUCAACGACCUCUACACUCUCUUUGAUGCCAUCAUUGGCUCUCACGAUGUCUAUAAGGUGGAGACCAUUGGGGACGCCUAUAUGGUGGCCUCAGGGCUGCCUCAGCGGAAUGGGCAGCGACACGCAGCAGAGAUCGCCAACAUGUCACUGGACAUCCUCAGCGCAGUGGGCACCUUCCGCAUGCGCCACAUGCCCGAGGUGCCCGUGCGCAUUCGCAUUGGCUUGCAUUCGGGCCCGUGCGUGGCGGGCGUGGUGGGCCUCACCAUGCCACGGUACUGCCUAUUCGGGGACACUGUCAACACCGCCUCUCGCAUGGAGUCCACCGGGCUGCCUUACCGGAUCCACGUGAACGCGAGCAGCGUGCGCAUUCUCCGUGCCCUGGACGAGGGCUUCCAGAUCGAGGUGAGAGGUCGCACCGAGCUGAAGGGCAAGGGCGCCGAGGAAACGUACUGGUUGGUGGGCAGACGUGGCUUCAACAAGCCUAUCCCAAAGCCGCCUGAUCUGCAGCCCGGGGCCAGUAACCACGGCAUCAGCCUCCAAGAGAUCCCCCCUGAAAGGCGCCUCAAGCUGGAGAAAGCCAGACCUGGCCAGUUCCAGGGAAAGUGA